CAUUGCGGCGCCGUGCUGUCGCAAAGGCCACAUCCGGGCGGCGAAUGAGCGAGUCGCUUUCCGUGCGCUGCGGCGGCGGCUGGGUCUUCCUGCUCCCGCCGAGCAGCCGGACGCCCCGACGGUAGCCAUCUGCGUCGCAGUCGGCCCGGUGCUCCUCGCCUCCGCGAUGCCCCCCAAGAAACAGGCUCAGGCCGGGGGCAGCAAGAAGGCGGAGCAGAAGAAGAAGGAGAAGAUCAUCGAGGACAAAACUUUUGGACUGAAGAAUAAGAAAGGAGCAAAGCAACAGAAAUUUAUUAAGGCUGUCACUCAUCAAGUGAAAUUUGGUCAACAGAAUCCACGUCAGGUAGCACAAAGUGAAGCUGAAAAGAAAUUGAAGAAAGAUGACAAGAAGAAAGAACUACAAGAGCUAAAUGAGUUGUUCAAACCUGUAGCCUAUGUUGUUGGAGGAGGAGAUAAAACCUGCUUAUUGUGUCUUUAUUUAGAUACUAUGGAUAAUUGGGAUGAGAAAAAGCUGGAAGAAGUAGUAAACAAGAAGCACGGUGAGGCGGAAAAGAAAAAACCAAAAACUCAAAUAGUGUGCAGACAUUUUCUUGAAGCUAUUGAAAAUAACAAGUAUGGCUGGUUUUGGGUGUGUCCUGGAGGUGGGGACAACUGCAUGUAUCGCCAUGCACUUCCUCCUGGAUUUGUGCUAAAGAAAGACAAAAAGAAAGAAGAGAAAGAAGACGAAAUCUCAUUAGAAGAUCUAAUUGAAAGAGAGCGUUCUGCCCUAGGUCCAAAUGUUACCAAAAUCACUCUAGAAUCUUUUCUCGCGUGGAAGAAAAGGAAAAGACAAGAAAAGAUUGAUAAACUUGAACAAGAUAUGGAGAGGCGGAAAGCUGACUUCAAAGCAGGGAAAGCACUGGUGAUCAGUGGUCGUGAGGUGUUUGAGUUUCGUCCUGAGCUGGUCAAUGAUGAUGACGAGGAAGCAGACGAUACCCGUUACAUUCAGGGAACAGGUGGUGAUGAGGUUGAUGAUUCUAUGGGUGUAAAUGACAUAGAUAUAAGCCUGUACAUCCCAAGAGAUGUAGAAGAGACAGGUAUCACUGUGGCCAGUGGUGAAAGAUUCAGCACAUAUGCGCCAGAUAAAGACGACAGAAACAGGGUGAAAGUCGUCUGCACUAGUGUCAGAAUGGAUGAGCGUGGUCAGUCAGAACGCUAA